AUGUGUGCCAGCCAUGUCUACAAGCGCCGGAAACUGCCAAACUCUGUCGCUCUGCUAUCAGGUGACAAUGGAAUUGGAGGCGCGCAAGGAGGGAGCGCCGCUAGUUCUAGCAUGAUUCCGAAAUGCACGCCGUACCUGAGACAGGACGGUCUGGUCAGCAGACUCGCAGCUCAAGCAGACGGCAGUCGGGUGGUGGAGCCUCCAUCGAACUCUGUGGAGGAUAGACGCCUCGGCAAAAAGCUCCCAGUGACCAGUGUCCGGAAACUGACCUCACCUGGGAAUUGCCUGGAUGACUGCUGUUCCUCAUCCAAGCUCAGUAUGGAACGGGCUUCAUCUUCGAUGAGGGCCGGAUCACGGGACACGGGGGAGUGCUCUUCCUCUGGUACUCUGCAGACGGGGCCAUCUGCGCAGCUUGUUUCUGGGGAUCUUCCCGGCAGCCCCUCUUCUUCGUUGGAUUUCUUGGGCGGCGACGACACUCGGUUUGACAUGCCCUGCAAGGUCUGCGGCGUCAAAGGUAGCCCUCUGAGGAUGUUGAUCUGUGAUCUCUGCGACGAGGCGUUUCAUUUUGCCUGUUGCAAGGCGAGGAGGCUGCCAGAGGAUGAGUGGUACUGUCGGCCCUGUCUGAGGAAGAAGCCGAAGGUGCUGCCGGAGACUCUCUCGGGGCAGCUGUUCUACAUCAUGAGCCAGAAGAGGAAGAGGAGAAUUCUACGGGAGAAGCUUGGCCCCAUCCUCUCCAUGCUAGUGGACGGCGACCCUUAUGCUUCAGGAGUCCGAAUUGGCAAGAAGUUUCAAGCAGAGGUCCCCGAAUGGACCGGCCCGGUCACUGAGUAUGCUGAAGUUCCAAUCACCGUGAUCUCAUUAUGAUAUCUCUACUCUUCUGCAUCUUUCUUGUGACUCGACGAUUCUCUGUUUUCCAGCGGGGAUGAUUAUCUCGCGAAGGCUUCAGAGCUGGAUCCUGCAGAGUGGGGGAGCUUGAACGUAUGGCCCCUUUCUUUUUUCGCUGUUGGCUUCUGAUGGAGAUGCUGCAGGCGUCGCAUCCGUUUCAUGUCGGAUGAUCGGGCUCUCUCCUGGUGUGAUCUACAGGCCCGGAGCUUCAGCGGGUCACCGAGGCAGUGCUCGAUCGGGAACUGGCUUCAGUGUCGGGAGAUGGUCUACAAUGAAGCGGAUGAGAACGAUGAGGGAACCAUCUGCGGAAAGUGGCGCAGGUUUACACUUGGCUCCUCCCUCUCUCUCUCUCUCUCUCUCUCUCUCUCUCUGAGUUGGAUCAGACCAGCUUUAUCCGGGGCUUCAGGAGGAAAUAACAAAGGUGCCCAUCUUGGUUUUGAGGUCAGAGCCCCUCUGUUCGAAGCUCAGACUGAAGAUUGGGACUGCUCCUGCGCUCUCCUUUGGGACCCAAUACACGCCGACUGUGCCGUUCCGCAGGUGAGCCCCCUUGUACCCGCUGUUCUUCCCCAUCUGCUCACUUCUUGAAGAUAUCGUUUAAAGGACCACGCUGGGCGCUGCCUGAUUUCUGGGCUCUGCCCAUUGGAUCGAUUUUCUUUGCCCUCUUGGUUGGUUACUCUGUUUCUGUUUGCGUCACGCGGUGUAGGAACUGGAGACGACCCAGGUUCUCAAGCAUCUCAAGUAUGUUCAGCUGGUAUGAUCCUCACUCUUCUCGCUCACUCUGCCUUCAGUUUUUCUAGGCCAUACAUCCCCUUGGUCGUUGACCUGGCGGCCUACUGAGUUGGGCAUCGUUGACCCAACUAGCGGCUCACACUCGUAAUACUUCCCCCUCUGUCUCUGUCUCUGUCUCUCUCUAUCGCUGGUGACAGUCCCUUGUCUGAGCCAUCCACCGUUGGUGCAGCUGAAGACAAGGCUAGUGGACAAGAGGGGGGGCCAACAGUGA